UGAUUGGCUAAUCUCCGAAUCUAUUGCAACCAGGCAACAUGGACUGCAUAGCCACCGAAACUACAUCGUGCGAUGCUUGUACAUUGAAGUCAGGGAUGGUCGGCAGCUUUUCAGAAUGAUGUACUGGCUAAAAUACCGCUCAUUUAACAGCUCAGCUAUAACGAGUUCGAUGAUACUACGCCUGUAAAAUGAAGUAUUAGACGAACAAGCGCAAGAAGCAGGGCAGGUUGCCGAACGGCCGCGCAAACCGCAAAACAACAAGCACGCCAGCAAAGCUGGCAACACGUACGGACUACUACAAGGUCACCACCGCACACACAACAGAAAUAAAUAUUACGAAUGUCAAAGAGCACUGAAACAGGUUGACGAGUCCUAGACGUCGUGGCCUUCACACGCAAGCUCAGGCGAACCAGGAAGGUCGGCGAGCCACAAAAUUCAGCGGUUCCACACGCGAACACGAUCUAACUAUUCACGUUCACAAAGCACACUGCAUCGUUAUUUUGACAAUUUUGACCGGGUGAGAAUAGCAUUGCGGUUAUUCUCACCAGGUCGCAGCAGCGGCGGCCGGCACGGUAUCAUUAUUUUUGUCUUCCGAGCCAGGGGUAGUCGCGCUUGUUGCGUUCUCGCCCAUCGGAGCCGGUGGUGAUCGUCGAGGGCUGAUGGCUGCCCUCCGGCUUUUCUCUGAGUUGCACGGCAGGACGAUACCGCCACGAUGUAGUUUCGUGCGCUGCUGUCAUGUGCUCCGCGCCGCAUCGUCCACGGCAAACGGUCGGCGGCUCAAGUCCAGCGCAUCGCCGGCCGCACUCGAUCGGGCCGCCUCUGAAAGCAGCAGCGCCGAGUUGCCGCCGCAGCGGGACCCGCUCGACCUGAGCUUCAACGACGCUAGGGCGGCCUACAAGAGCAAGACAACCGGUGAACUGAUCAGGGCGUUCGUGGUGCUCAAGCUCAGCUCCAGUAACUGGAUCGUCAACAACCACCAAGAGCUUCUCCGGCUGGGCCAGCGGGUGCUAGGUCGCCGGUUGUUCCGUGCAUUGAUGCGCAACACCUUCUAUGGCCAUUUUGUGGGCGGCCAGUCGGCGUCGGCCAUCCAGCCCCUGCUGCAGCGCCUGCGAUCGUUCGGUGUCAAAGCAAUACUCGAUUACAGUGCCGAGGAGGACCUCUCCGAACAGGAAGCCAAAGAGGCAGAGAUGGCGUCUUGCAGUUCACAAGCACAAGUCAAAGAGGACAAACAGGCAUCAGGUGGCCACCUUCGUCAGUUCCAGCCCAGUGAGCAGUUUGCUGACCGGCGACACCCUCACGUGAUGGCACGCACAUACUUCUACUUGAACGAAGCACAAUGCGAGAAGAACAUGGACACCUUUCUUGAGUGCAUUGAUGCUGUAGCAGGUGCCACUGAAGGUACAGGCUUGGCAGCCAUUAAGUUGACAGCCCUGGGCAGGCCACAGCUGUUGAUGCAGCUGAGUGAGGUGGUGGUGCACACGCGGCAGUUCUUCCAGCAAGUGACAGGAGCGGACAAGGCCAUGGCUCUAUCCUGUAUCACUCCGUCCACCAUUGGCCAAAAGUUGAAUGUGUCACCUGCCGACCAGGAGACCUUCAAACGAUGGCUCGAGCGCAUGGACUAUGACCGCAAAGGGUUGAUGAACAUCUUCUCGUGGAGUGGCCUAGUCGACACCAACUACUUCAUUUCAGACUUGUUCAAAGUGCCCAAUCUCAAGACAGGGCGCAUGGAGCCAAUCAUUUCAGCCCUGACCGAGGAAGAAGAGGAGAUGUUCCGCAACAUGAUGCGCCGUGUGCAUACCAUUGCCAAGGCGGCCCGUGCACGUGAUGUACGUGUGAUGAUCGAUGCAGAGCAGAGUUAUUUCCAGCCAGCCAUCAGCCGCAUCACCAUGGAGCUAAUGCGCAAGUACAACAAGGAGAAGGCCAUCGUGUUCAACACAUACCAGUGCUAUCUCCGCGCCACGUACGACCACGUGGUGCGUGAUUUAGAGCUGGCGCGUCGGCAGGGCUUCUUUUUCGGUGCCAAGCUGGUGCGCGGAGCCUACCUAGAGCAGGAGCGACUGAGGGCACGCACUCUUGGCUACGAGGACCCUGUGAAUGCCACAUACGAGGACACCAACACCAUGUACUACCGCACUCUCACCGAGUGCCUGCGACAGGUGGUGGAGGGCAAGGAGCGGCGCUCCAUCGCCAUCAUGGUGGCCUCCCACAAUGAAGACACCAUCCGCUUCGCUGUGAACAAGAUGCAAGAGCUAGGAAUCCGGCCUGACGAUAGAGUUGUCUGCUUUGGCCAGCUGUUGGGAAUGUGUGACCAGGUCAGCUUCCCAUUGGGCCAGGCUGGUUACUCGGUGUACAAGUAUGUCCCAUAUGGCCCCAUUGAUGAGGUCAUGCCAUACCUGUCACGGCGUGCCAUUGAGAACAACAGCCUGCUGCAAAAGCUCUCCAAAGAGCUGGGUCUCCUAAGGCACGAGAUCACACGACGGCUGCUCUUGGGACAGAUUUGGUACACACCUCAAGGUCGCUACAAGCCCGUCUGACCUGGCUGCAUCGUCCAUCAAAGGUUCUUUGCUCUGGUGUGACGACAAUCAACGUGACACAGUGUGCUCGAGGAUCGGAUAUGUGGGGCGCAAGUCAUGCCACCAGCACUGUAGUGUGCAGUGGUAGCUGCACAGGUGAAUGUACAUUGACACAUGGCAUGCCAUUAGGGUUGUUGGACGUAAUCUGCAGUUCUUAAUUGUGAUAUAAAAGGUGAAUGCAGCUUACAAACCAUGUGUGCUACACACAGCUGCACCGGUGAUUUAAAUGAUAAGACUGUUCCCAGGGUUGGACAUCCUGGCUAAUUGCACGUGCUGAUUUAUAGUCACAUGAAGAUGUUGGUAUAUUUUCCGGCUUCCGAAGAAGUCGUAGCUAUGCGAUGAUCCGUCUGGCGAGGGGUGCUCUGUUCAUGACUCAAUCUGCCACCAACAUUUUUUGUAACUCAUACACCUGCGCUUCUCUUUUGUGGUAACGUUUCAAUGUUGGAACAUAGAAAACUGGGAAAAGGUUCUUCGCAUGUGGUCCAAAAAGAUAAGGCAGAAAUAUUUGCAGCUUUUGUCAUCUUAAAUAUCUCUUUUUAAAACAAAGAGGUUUGUGGAUAAUUUUUUUUAGACGACAUGGGUAGCAUUUAUGAUAAGUGACUGCUGGUUAUAGUUGUGCAGAUGAACUGCUCUUGCACAUGACACAGUUUUUCUAUGCUUGUUGCUGUGCCUGUACUUUAUUAUGCACAAUCGUGUUUUCUUUCUUAAACAUGCGGAGCCCCGAUCUUGUAGUAGCUUUCUAUAUGGCAUUAACUGCAUGCCUGGGCUGUCAGCCUGAAAAUCUAGCGGGAGCCAAUUGCAUAGAGAGGACGCAACAUUUGCAUCAGUUGCCAGCAAGCCAAUGUAGUGUCUGAUACGGUGGCUAUUAGUGGCAUUAGCAGCACUGCUUCACAGCGCUUUACAUGCAACACCCACAAGCAACUAUGAAAGAUUGAUAAUACCUUAAAAGUUGUAGAAUGUUCUUAUUCAUGGUUUUUUUUAGUCAGUGAAAACAGUGGCAACAUGGUGGCACUGACUGUUGUUUGGUUGAUAUCUAGCUGCUUUUAUUGCAAAUACUAGGCAACAAGAUAGAAAGUUGGGCUAGCUGAUACAAAUGAAUCCUUAACACCGCUGAAAGGUGUAGAUUAGGAAAGUACAAGCAAACAGCACUCGUCCUGUGUGUUUGUACCUUCUCAGUCUAAGUCUUUUAGGUUGCAAAUAGCAGACCUAGAAGCUAGCACAUUUCUUUUUUUUUUUCUGUGUAAAUGGCUCUUUAGGCAACAACUUUAAGCCUCUAGCACGAUGCAAAAGGCUAGCUUUAACCCAUGAUAGGUGCUUGUGUUGCCACCAUUUUGCUCAAGAGAUGAUCUUACUUUAGCGAUUAGCUCUUGUACAUAAAGGAAUCUCUUUUUUUCUCCCUGGUUGUGAUGUCUUGUGCUGUGGAAAUCUCGACUGCAUAUUGUUGACCUUUGUAAGAAAAAAAUAUCUCUAAGCUAAAGUCGCCCAAGCUUGUUCUUGAGUGUUCAUUAUGGUCUUGCACCAAAUGUGAUUCUAAUAAAGGAAUGGCUGUGCCCACGAA